AUGUUCAGUUUACAAGCUCUAUUACCAUUGGCCUUAUUGUUGUUGGCCAGCAUUAAUCCAGCCGCUGCCAAAGUUCACAAGGCUAAAAUUUACAAGCAUGAAUUGACCGAUGAGAUGAAGGAAGUUACAUUUGAGCAACAUUUGGCUCAUUUAGGCCAAAAAUACUUGACUCAAUUCGAGAAAGCCAACCCUGAGGUUGCCUUUUCCAGAGAACAUCCCUUUUUUACCGAAGGUGGUCACGAUGUCCCAUUGACGAACUAUUUAAAUGCUCAAUAUUAUACUGAUAUUUCCUUGGGUAACCCACCUCAAAACUUCAAAGUUAUUCUGGAUACUGGUUCUUCAAACCUUUGGGUUCCUAGUACCGAAUGUGGUUCUUUGGCUUGUUUCCUGCACUCUAAAUACGAUCAUGAAGCUUCUUCAAGUUAUAAGGCUAAUGGUACCGAAUUUGCUAUCCAAUAUGGUACUGGUUCUUUGGAAGGUUACAUCUCCCAAGACACACUCUCUAUCGGUGAUUUAACCAUUCCAAAACAAGACUUUGCUGAAGCUACCAGUGAACCAGGCCUAACAUUUGCCUUUGGUAAAUUCGACGGUAUUUUAGGUUUAGGCUACGACACUAUCUCCGUCGAUAAAGUUGUUCCACCAUUUUACAAUGCCAUUCAACAAGACUUGUUGGACGAAAAGAGGUUCGCUUUUUACUUGGGUGACACUUCUAAGGAUAGUGAGAAUGGUGGUGAAGCUACCUUUGGUGGCAUUGACGAGUCCAAAUUCAAGGGCGACGUCACUUGGUUGCCAGUUCGUCGUAAGGCCUACUGGGAAGUUAAAUUCGAAGGUAUUGGUUUAGGCCAUGAGUUUGCCGAAUUAGAGGGUCAUGGUGCUGCCAUUGACACGGGUACUUCUUUGAUCACUUUACCAUCAGGUUUAGCUGAAAUGAUCAACGCCGAAAUCGGUGCCAAGAAGGGUUGGAGUGGCCAAUACGCUCUUGACUGUAACACUAGAGACGGCUUACCUGAUUUGACUUUCAACUUCAACGGUUACAACUUCACCAUUGGACCAUACGAUUACACUCUGGAAGUAUCAGGUUCUUGUAUUUCUGCAAUUACUCCAAUGGAUUUCCCAGAACCAGUCGGUCCAUUGGCUAUCAUUGGUGAUGCCUUCUUGCGCAAAUACUACUCCAUUUACGAUUUGGGUAAAGAUGCGGUUGGUUUGGCUGAAGCUAUUUAA